CCCGAUACCUCGUCAACGCCUCUCUUUGAAGCAAGACUCCUCCCCCAUUCCACAGAAAGUCAUAACUCAUCAGUCCAUCGUCGAUCAUCUUCCCUGAAGCUUUCCUCAGAACAAGCUCAAGCGAGUCAGCAUGAGUACAACGACAAGGACUCGGAGGCCCCACACUAGGAGUAAAACCGGGUGUUUGACUUGUCGAAAGCGUCGCGUGCGUUGUGACGGCGGAAAACCAACCUGUACCCGAUGUGUCAGUGCAGGACGGGCAUGCGAGUUUGCUGAUCCUAGUAUCCCACUUCGAGACCGCAAGGCUACCUGUCUUCCAGGCGAACAGCAACCUUGGAUUAUAAGCCAGGAUGCACCGCCAGUAACUCUAAUGGUUAAUUCCCCAUUCGGAAAAUCAGUGGAGCCUUUCGACUGUUUAGGCUUGGACAUGACUCUUCGCUCCAGAGAGCUACUUCACUAUUUUCAUAAUAGCCACGACAGUGCUGAUUUGGUACUAAGUAAAGCCUCGAGAAAUAUCUUUUCUUCUGUCGCUCAGCACCCCGAUGCCCUGAGGGACACUCUUCUCGUAGCAGGCCUGCACUAUGCAUGGACUGUCGGUGAUCUCGAAACGUAUAAGCCAACUUUCCUGUUUCACAAAGUCUCAACAAUACAAGUCUUGAACCGAUGGUUGCAGAACAUACAUCAACCGGGGCUGAUGACCUUCAUUCGGCAUGUUUCAAUUCUUUGCUUUAUAGAGGCAUCUUAUGGUAACGUACACGAUACAGAGGCUCAUAUCAACGGCCUCGUAAACGCCGUCCACCUUCUCAGCCCCCUCGAUGACGACUUCGGCCAUCGAUCAGAAAUCGAAGAAGAGCUUGCUAAUCGCUAUCUCUUGCUCACAUACUAUGCCUACCAAGGCUUCAAGGCCAGGAUAUUGGGAAGCGACUCUUUGCAGAACCUUUUCCGACAGAACAAUACCGCAGAGUUUUCCACGUUCGUAUCGCAGAUCUAUCUCUGGAAGACCCAAAAUAUCGGCCAUCUUGAUAUGCGUCUCAACGCCAUGAAACUCUUGCCAUUCUUCUUCGCUGCCCUCCCCUCAUCAACGCAAUUCCAUAGCAUCGACGCAUCACCUCUAAUAGAUUGCCUGAAGCAUGUUACAACUUCAACGCAGACAGUCAGGGAAGACUGUUACAAAUGCGACCCAAGCUGGGAAUGGAUCGAGGGAUCAGAUUCUCGACUUCUCUGCGCUACUAUCGGCUCCCAUUUCUCAUCUCUGUUCCACGACGAUAUGUUCUCAUCAGCACACUCGUCAAAAUAUAGCACUUCUUGGUCUGGUAUGUGCGCUGCAUCAAGCCUGUAUAUGCACAGUGUCCUGGAGCUCUGGAACGGCGGCGAGGCCAUUGACGCUCGUCUCUUGCGAAGGUUUCUCUCGAUCUUGAGUCGAGAUCUCAGCCAAUCUGUCAGCACUUUGGGACUCAACGACUCUACGGAUUUUUGGCUUUGGCGAGCGUUCCUUGGAGAGUAUAGCAUUGCUAAACAGCAAGCGAAUAACCAUGACCCCUUGCUGGAUGGCCUCCAAAGAGCUUUUACUGGCUACGUAGAUGCAUGGAAAAGGGUUACUGGGUUGACACUUUGGGAAGAGGCGCAUGCCUGUUUAGUGUCAGUGGCGUGGCCCGCUACUAUGAAUUAUGAAACGGGGCGAGGUAUUUGGAUAAGUGCAAUCGAGCAUACAACAUGUUGAGAACUAAAAGCUGUCGCUGCUUUAUAACUGUACAAUAUUGUAUCAAUAAAUCACAACUCGAAUCUUACUAAAGCGGCCACGACAUGGCAAAAACCCGAGAUCGACCUUCAGACCGCUCUAUUCGGGCAGCAAUAUCGUGCCCUCAGUUACUGGAGUUGCAGACCCUGAGAGGGAUAUAUUUGCAACUUUGUCUCCAGUCUCAUCCAGUACAAUGUCGACAAUGAUACUGCUGUCACGGCCAAUCUCCUGUCCCUGGUCAAGAUAGAAUCUAUACAUACCGCCCGAAUCCCCCUGCUGAAGCGCGAGAUAUGCGCCCAGAGCACAUGAACCGCUUCCGCAGGCGGGGUCCUCGAGACCGAUUGCAAUCAUACGAAUUCUGAGAUGUUGGACCUUCUUGCCACUCUCGUCGUAAGGAUCCGACAGCACUCUAUAGUACAUCACCCCUGUGAAAGAUGGUGCCCAUCCCUCGUCAAGCUCUGUAAGCUGACUGGGGCCUGUGGAGAUGGCGGUGAACAGGCUGGGCUGAUUGGUAAAGUCGACCAAGGUGUAGGUGACGCCCUUGACAAUAGACACGCAUGGAUAGCUCUGUUCAGUUGAUAAUCCCUGGGUCUUCAAGCUCGGUUGGGUGUCGAGAAUGCUUUGUGUACUAGUAGGGCGGGAAUGAAUGUGGACGUUAUGCGGCACGUCGGCUGCCACAGUUUCUCGCGACGGAUCAUAACGCACAACAACUGGCCCAGCGUUUGUCCAAAGGGUGGCCUCUGAGGAGUGCACAGCGAGACCAGGAAGUAGCUGUCGAAAUAGCACAUGGCCAGUGCCGAUGACAGGAUGGCCGGCAAAAUCCAUCUCGUUCACAGGAGUAAAGAUGUUGAUGGUCACUGCUCCAUUCGUGUUUCGACGCAAAAAGACGGUUUCGGAGAAGUUGAAUUCACGUGCAAUCAUCUGCAUGUCUGCAGGCGGUAGCGCAUCACCUUGAACUUGGACAACAGCCACUUGGUUUCCCUUAUACCUGACGGAAACAAGAAAGUCAGUAAUCUAGGUUCAAAGCUUAGGGCAGCUAUAGUGUUGUGGUUGUUGGCAUCACCUUUUUGUUGUGAAAACAUCAAGUGUCACUUUUGAGCAUGUUAACAUUGAUAUUGCGCCACAAAGAAUGGGAGGGGAAAGUCUGGGAAGUUUAUCUCGGGCAUUCAUUCACCAUAGGAAGCCUUCUUGGGAAUCAUUUUGCGCAUCAACGUCAAUCGACGAGGCCAGUUGAAAGAGAACUAGAAAGAGGAUGAAGGAAGCAAACAGCGUUGAAUGGCUUAAGGCGCCGUGAAUACAGCUGAUGCAACGAGUGGAAGAGGGUAACAAAGCCUUUGCAUUGAGAGGCUCAA